AUGGGUUGUAUGAGUGCCAAAGAUGUCCAGUAAUCUAUUAACAAAAACAUCUAUAAUAAUAUGAAAUAAAUACACAUCAUAGCCUUUGAUCAACUUUUUUUAUUGCAAUCCCAAUGUUUAAGAGAUCUCGAUCUUCUACAGAGUAAGGUGAUAUCCAGAAGAAUCAAUAUGAUCAAUAUCACAAAGGCUCAUCUUCUCAAUAACCCUCUAUUGACUGAAGCAUAUAAAUUGUGGACUUGGGGUGUUUCACUUUGUAACAGGGGAAAUUCAAAAGGAAUGAAUGUACAUUACAGUUUCAGCAACCCUAAUGAAUCAGUUGAGAAGAAUCCUACAUUCAUUUACAAUCUAGGUUCCUGCAAAGAACUUAGAUUUCUUUGGUUCGCUAUAAUUCUCAAGGAAUAUGUUGAAUAUGUAUAAAUUGCAAAACAAUAAUUUCCAGAACAGCGUCUCAAGGCCAAAGAUAUUUAUGACAAAUUGAAGACUAUGAAAGAACAAUCUUAAAUUUACUUAAAUAACCUAUCGCCAGCUGAAAAGGUUGAAGCCUUUUCAAAUAUUGAAUAUAAUAUGGGUAAAAUUCAUAAAGGAUUGCACAAUGCAGAUUCUUUUUAUGAACAUCUAAAGGAAUUAGAGUUUGAGUUAUUAUCAGUUAUUGAUAAGAAUAAUCAAUAUGAAAAUGAAGCAGAUCAAUGGGGUCGUAAACUAUAUAGAGAUCUAGAUGUCAUACUUAUUGGCGAUGAUUCCUAUAGAAUGAGAGCAAAAAUGAAUAGUUUAGUAUUAUUGUAUCAUCCGGGUAAAAAAAGAGCAUAAGAAGAAGAAGAUUACUAUUAUAAUGUUAAAUUAGAACGUUCAAAGAUUAAACCUAAAAUUAUGAACAAUGGCGAGGAAGAUAAGAAGUUUAAUUGUAAAUUAAGAUGGACUGGUUGCUCUGAAGUUGAUAGAAAGUGGAGUGAAAUCUCAUACAUUUUGGAAGAACACAAUGAAUAAAUGAAAUAAAUAAAAUAGAUUAGAAACAAAAUACGGAAUGAAUUAUAAACAUAUAAGUAUGAAGAUGACAAUUUGAUUGAAGCCUGGAAAAUUUAUUGUCUCUCUUUAUUAACUGAAAUAAAGGAUGUAAAGAUUACAUUAAACAUAAGUGAUUAAGAAUCAGUCUAGAGGAUUCUCAAAAAUUAAGUACCUUUAACACAGAAUUUAGAACUACAAUCCAAACUAUUUAGUGAAUAUUUCUUCAUAAUAAGACCUUCAAAACAGAAGUAACUGAAGGAGUAUUGGAAGAAGUUAGAUUUUGAUAGGUAAUGGAUUUAAGGAUCAUUUAUGAACUAUGAUUAAUUCAAGUAGAUGCAUCACUAAGAUCAGUAUAACAUGAUGACAAAUUCAGCCAAGAAUAUAUAUGAGUUUACUUCUAAGAACCCUGUUUAUCAAUAGAUUUAUGAGAAAAAAUACGUGAGAUUAGAGUAAGAAGCUGAGUAGUUAUUUAAUAAUGGGAAGUCUAUUUUUGAGGAAAUGCAGAUACUCUAUGAAUAAUAUAAAAUCGACAAAGACGUUGAUAAAUUAAUGAGAUAACAAUUAAGAAGUGAUGAUAUUAUUUUAAAGAAAAAAUAGAAACUUUCCAAAUAUAAUUGAAUUAAUUUAUUAUAACCUAAUUAAAAU